AUGAGGAGGGCUUCCACCCACACCAUAAACAACAAGGAGGAAAUCAAGGUUGGACCUAUCAAAGGAGAGAAGAACCAAGAAGAUAUCAACAUGAUUGGGCUGAGCAAGAUGAUUACUAGAAAAAGGGAUAUGAUUAUGAGGAGAACCAUAAUCACUCAAGUGAAAGCCCAAAAUCAAGUGGAAGUGCAGGCAGCUCCCGGUAAAGUAAAUUCUCAUGUCGAUGCCAUCAAAAUACUUGAAGGACAACUGAGUCUAUUAUCAGCUCAGUUGACAUCAAAGAUAUCGAUGAAAGAUGAUGAGAGAGGGCUGGCUGUAGUUACACGUAGAGGAAAGGUGGAAAUAUGCAAUGUGAUGGGAAAUGAAGAUACUCAAAAGCAUGAAGAAGGUAAAGGCAUGGAGGAACAAAAAUCACUUAUUCAACAAAACCUUGCUAAAGAACUGGAAAAAGAAGUGGAACAACUUGUUCAAAUUUCAAAAGUUAUGCAACCUUUACCCAAAAUACCUCUACCAUUUCCCCAACGCUUAAAAAAUAAGAAUGAAGAUGAGAAAUUCAAGAAGUUCUUGUCAGUAUUUCAAAAGCUAUCAAUAAGCCUUUCGCUGGUGGAAGAAUUAUUGAAAAUGUCGGGAUAUGCCAAGUUCAUGAAAGAGAUAGUCACAAAGAAAAGGAACUUGGAUUGUGAAGCAAUUGAAGUGUCCCACAGUUGCAUCGCAAUUAUGACUAAAGAGCUGAUCACAAAGAGAGAAGACCCCGGGGCAUUCACCAUCCCUUGCACCAUUGACAUGCUCCAAUUCGCGAAAGCUUUAUAUGACUUGGGGGCAAGCAUCAAAUUAAUCCCCUAUGCAAUAUACAAUCAACUUGGUUUGGGAGAACCGAAAGCAACCACCAUGAGACUCCUGAUGGCAAAGCAGUCAAUCAAAUAUCCGGUGGGGAUACUCUACGACAUCUUGGUAAAGGUAGAUCGGUUCAUCUUUUCGACUGAUUUUGUGAUUUUGGACUGUGAGAUCGACGCUGAAAUUCCUAUUAUUUUAGGAAGGGCAUUCUUGGCAACGGGGAGAGCAUUGGUGGUUGUUAAAAGUGGAAAAUUGAAGUUUUGGGUGAAUGAUGAUGAGGGCUAUGAGGAAGUAGUAGCUGCCUUAACGGGAUUAGGAGCAUAUUCAAAGAAUCCAAUCAAGUUUGAUAUUAACCUAAAAAAUACUGAAAGUCCUCCUGCAAAGUCGUCAACGGAGGAACCACCUAAUCAGGAAUUGAAAGUCCUGCCCGUUCAUCUCCAAUAUACUUUCUUGGGGGAAAACAACACUUUACUAGUGAUCAUUAUAGCUGAUUUUCUUGAAUGGAAGGAUAUGAAUACAAGGGCUAACCCAAGAAAGGCGGAAGAGCAGAAUAUGAAUGGGGGAGUUCCUCCCUAA